UGUAAUGUAAUUUUUUUCGAAUCAGUUUAAAAUAUUUGUAUGAAAAAAGCGGAUACAUACAACACCUUGUAUAACAAUAAAAAAAUUAAUAUUAUACAAAAAAAAAAGUAAAAUUUAAGUUUUUCUUUUUUUAAUUUUAUAUGUAGAUAUUUCAACAUAACAAUAUGGCAAUAAGAGGAAGUAAUACAACACCAGGCCAACGGUGUAUAAAAUGGAUGUUGCUUGUAAUUAAUUUUAUGUUUAUGGUGACUGGAGUACUGUUAAUUUUAGUUGGAACAACAAUUUCAACAAUAUUUGGUGAUUUCAGUGAUUUCAUUGACAGUCAUUUCUUUUCACCUCCGGCUUUGUUAGUUGCUGUAGGCAUUAUAAUGUUUGGAGUAUCAAUAUUUGGUUGUGUGGGCGCAAUUAAACAUUCGACUAUGCUAGUUAACAUUUAUGGCUGCCUAAUGUGCUUAAUCUUUAUAUUAGAAAUUGCUGCUGCAAUAGCAGCAUUCUGUUUACAAAGUCAAAUAAGAGAAAUGUUAAUUCGAACAAUGAGAAAUGCCAUGGAGAAAUAUGAAACAUCUACUUCUGAUGGCAUUGAUUUUAUGCAAAGUGGUUUGGAAUGCUGUGGUAUUUAUAGUUAUAGAGAUUGGCAUGAACUGACAAACUUAAAAGAAGAUGAAAUUCCAAUAUCUUGUUGCGAUCAUUAUGCAAGUAAUUUAAAACAGGAAAAAUGUGAAGUUUAUCAGGAUGGCUGUUUAAUAAGAAUGGAUAUAUUAAUAUCACAGAGUGCAAUGCUUAUUGGUACUGGUGCAAUAACUGUAGCAUUUGUUGAGUUUCUUGGAAUCUUAUGUGCAUUUAUGUUGGCUAAAACAAUACGUAGAAAUAAAACAAUUCGUGAUGCAAGAAGAUGGCAAUUACAACAGAAUCUUGGUAUAACAUUACCCGGAAAAGUAACACCACCAUCAGGUUAUACACAAAUGGAAAGUUCUGGAAUGAAUAUAACAAGAAAUGAACCGGUAACAUAUACCCCAAAUAGUCCUAGUGUUAAUUAAUUAAAAAUAUGUAAUUUAUUAUUAUAGUAAACUGUUUAAAAAGAAAAAUAUUGCAAAUGUUAUGUAAGAUGAUGUAAGUACAUAAAUAAUAACAUUUAAUGAAAAACUAAUGCGCAUAGUUUAUACGAUUACAUACAUAUACUAUACAUAGUUUGUAUAAAAUAUAUAAAUAUAUUGUAAGUGAAUGGAAAAUCAAAUAAUUUUAGA